AGUUGUAUAGGAUAGAGACUUGUACUCGUACAAGUCAUGAUUCGACGUCAGAUUUUAGCGUCUGUACUGCUUUAGGAUCAUUCUGUCUCUGCCUUCUUCAUCCUCCCAUCCUCCCAUUCUCCCAGCUAAUUGUCUCAGCUGUCAUUGAAUUCCUGAACUUCGUGCUCGAUCCAUCCGAUCUCCAUCCCCUCAGAACACCAUGGCGUCCAUAAUGCCCCCGAUCCCGCGCUACUUCUUCCUCUACGGAGAACCAUGCCUCAUCUUCUUCGGUGGCGUCCUCUCCCCCAUCCUCUCCCCCCAAAACAUCCCGCAAAUGCUUCCCCCUCAUCUAGCCGGCCGCGGCACAACAAACCCGAACCCGACCCCCCUCGAACACCUCCUGGGCCUCCAAUCGGCCGUGCUGAUGUUCAUGAUUGCCAUGGUCACCGUGGUCGUCAUGCUGUAUUCCACCGAACCCAAGGUUGUGCGUGGGUACGUCCUCGCGUCGGCAAUUACGGAUAUCCCGCAUUGGUCUGCGUUCUUCUACGUGCUUGGGUGGGAGGGGCUGGCUGCGUGGAGGACGUGGGAUGUUAUGCUUUGGAUGCAGUUGCUUUUUCCGGUCUUCACGUUUGCGAUUAAAUGGGGGUAUCUUCUGGGCUUGUUUGGCGGGGAUCGGGUGGUGAAGAAGGGGAGUGAUGCGAGGAAGGAAAAGUGA